UUCAUAAAUGCUGAACGCGCUCAGGGAAUGUCGAUGAAGAUAAAACAAAAGUUAUGAAUAUGAUUGAAGACUAUCACGCACUGAAGAUACUAUAAAAAAGAAAGACGCAGAUGCUGUCAUCAUUCGACUUAAUUGCCGUUGCGCAGUAACUAAGCUAACCCCCACAGUCAAGAUGAUGAAGUGCAUCGCUCUCCUCCUGGCCCUCGCCGCCGUCGCCUAUGCCGCCCCAGGCCUGAAGGGAUAUCCAGUUGGCUACGGUAGUGGUAUCGGUCGCAUUGGUGGCUUCGGCAUCGGCAAAGGUUUCGGCUUCGGCGGUCUCGGCUACGGAGGCAUCGGCGGUUUCGGCAAGGGCUUUGGCUACGGAGGUAUCGGAGGCUUUGGCAAGGGCAUCGGAUACGGUGGUAUUGGUGGCUUCGGCAAGGGCUUUGGCUUCGGUGGCUUUGGCCGUAUUGGUGGUCUCGGAGGUUACGGUGGACUUGGUUACGGCAAGGGAAUUGGCUUCGGCAAAUUUGGUCUCCUUGGUUAAAUCUGUUAAACUUGCAGUCGAGUGAGGACCAAUCGUCCGGACUUUUGACGAACACCCUUUUGUGAGUCCUGCUGGAGUUGCAUCCAUCAUUUCUAAUAACACAUAAUAUACCAUAUCAUGUUUGGGCCUAAGGACGUCCAGGCUGAUAAAGAAUGACCACGACCUGAAUACUGACACACAGCAGUUGCAUUGAAUACGUCAAGACUAAGAUUUCACUGCCGUCUUGACUUGACUGAGAUGUACGUGAAUUGAUGCAUACGAACUAACUGUUAAACAUACACAUUGUUAUUGAUUUUAUUAAAUUGAAUUUUUGUAUGAAUACAAUUCUUGUCCAAUUUUCAAAUGUGAAUUUUUUCUGUUACGAAUUUGUGUUGAGACAGGAAUAAAAAACCCUUUUUGAAAAUAUA